AUGGAUUCUAUGGAACGACUUUUCGAAGGCCCUUUAGCAAGGCAGCUGGUCACUCCGCCGGAGACGACCCUUCGAAUCGUCGGGACACAUACGAUAGACGGCAUAAACUCAGUCCUUGACUUCGAUAUCUUGAUCGACUGUUCGAGAUACAUGAGAAUAUGCUCCGAAGAAUACCUGACAAGCAAAGAACGCGUUCAUCAGAAAUCUUCCGGCUGGCUCCACAACCGGCUCGUCGAGCGCGAUCGUCGUCGAAGGUGGACCAUCCAGAAAGUGGUUACUGCACGCGACGAUGAGAUGGCUAAGAUAGCGUCCAACGUAACGCGCCUCGCCCUUGGGAGUUCGUAUGCCGGGUUCGUCGAAUUCGAAGUUAUUACCUCACCCGCGGAGAUGAUUGGCUUGCACGACGAGAACACCGCAGUGGCUCGUGUGAUAUGGGAACUUGACUGUUCCUUUAUUGUCUCGCAGGGCAUGCAACUUGGCCGUGGCGCUUUCUCCAUACGGGACUCGUGGUACGAUCUUAUAGUGUGUGCAAUGAUCGAAGGCCUUCAGCGUUUUGUCUCACCUGAGAAUCCGCCAUCAUUAUAUAGCCAGGCUGUGCUUUGCAGGGACGACACGGACAAUAACACUUACGAGGGUGUAUUAGAGGGGAGCCAGGGGCCCAGUAUGAACGGAUACUCCUGGAUACAUACAACAGUAAUCCAUGACCAGGAUGCUCAACGCCGUACUCAUAUUCAUCAUAUCUCCCGUUCCCCGAUGUCAGACUCUGAGGCUAUGUCGGUCUAG